GUGGCCUCUGUGAGCUCGUCUCUCCGUUCCAGGACAAUGCGCAUGCGCGUCGUGUCCCGCAGCUGCAGCGUCCAUUUUGCAGAAAAUACAAGCUGCUAGCGACGUUCCCUUCAGUGGAAGACAAUUAUUGAAUGCUACAUUUUACGAUAGGAUUAUAGCAUACUGUGCAGAGAACAGCUAUGGCAGAUUUAUCUGCAGAUGUUGACGUCCCCGUCAGUGUGGAGAUAAAGAAGUUAUCGGAGUUGAAAGUCAUUGACCUCAAGGCCGAGCUGAAGAAACGAAACCUAGACACGACAGGAGUGAAAAGCGUAUUGUCGGAGCGCUUGAAAAAGGCAAUAGAGGAAGAGGGUGGUAAUCCAGAUGAAAUCGUGAUCUCGAUGGAAGCAAAUCCGAAGAAGGCGCCUCCUAAAAGGGCAGCUAAAGAUUCAAAGCAAGAAAAUGAACAUGGGGACGGCAAUGUCGAUGAGGAUUCCCAAGAUAUUUCACAGGAUCUUCAGAAUGAAAACAUGCAGGAGAUGGACAUCCUUGACAUGAACGUUUUGGAUGAGACAGAAGACUACACCAGAGACGGGGUUGAGUUGGACACUAUGGAUGAUGACAUUUUGAAUGCAGAUCAUGGAGAGGGAGAUGGACAGGAUGAGCCAGAGGCCGAUACGGACAACAAUAAUACUUCAUCAUUCCACAUGGCUGAUGAUCCAGAUGUUUAUGAUGUAAACAGCGGUACAGAAAUUGACAAAGUAGCGGGGUCUUGUUUAUCUGAGCCGAUUAAAGAAGAUGACGAGCCGAGCCAAGAGAUGAGCGCUGAAGAAGACCAAGCUGCCACCACCAGCGGAGAGGAAGGCGUUUCCGAACCUGGUUCCAAAGGUGCCCUUGGAAAUGUGGAAGGCGACAAGGAGGUCGUGGAGGAGGACAAAGAAACUGGGGACAAUGUCAAUGUAUCUGAAGAAACUGUAGAGUCUGAGGACAAAGUCUUAAAGGAUCCUAGCUUAAAUGUGCAGGGGGGUGAGGGAGAAACAGUUGAUUUAGAAAGUGGGGCUAAGAAGGGUGAUGAGGAUGAGAAGACGGAGGACAAAACCGCUGCUGAUUCUGCCUCGACAUCCAAAGGGUCCACUGUAGAGGGUGAACAGACUAAAAGUUCUGAUGAAAAAGAUGCAAAUGCAUCAUCUAAAGAUGACAAGGAUGCAAGUGGGGCUGCAGCCAGCAGUAGAAAUCUAUGGGUCAGUGGUCUUGCCUCAAGUACCAGAGCGACUGAUUUGAAAACACUGUUCAGCAAAUAUGGAAAGGUUGUCGGUGCAAAGGUAGUGACUAAUGCUAAAAGCCCUGGGGCUCGUUGCUAUGGUUUUGUCACCAUGUCCACCACAGAGGAGGCCACCAAGUGCAUCAGCCACCUCCAUCGAACUGAACUUCACGGCCGUAUGAUCUCCGUUGAACGAGCCAAAAAUGAACCUGCUGGCAAAAAGCCAUCAGAUAAGAGUGAUGGGAAAACCAGAAGAAACUCCACUGAUUCAAAGUCUGAGAAGGAUGGAGAAGGAAAAGGGCCUAAUGAGAGGACUGUAGUGAUGGAUUCAUCGAAGGGAGAGCCUGUGAUCAGUGUCAAAGCCAAAAGCAAAGACAGAAGUACAAAGAGCCGUGACCGCAGCACAUCAAGCAAAGAAAAGAAAGACAUUCUUUCGUUUGAUCAAAUAAUGGAGCACAGAGAGCGGGAGAGGCAGCGUCAGCGUGAGAGGGAGGUCAGAGAGGUGGAGCGGCGGAGAUACACUUUCAAUGACCGAGAGCGGGACAGCAGACCAGACCGCGAGCGGGACAGACUGCGCAUGUUAAGGGAGAGAGAUGAGAGGACAAGUCUAAUGCGAAAGAGACAUUGGCUCGAGGUUGAGAAACAACGGCUUGAUGCUGACCGCAUGGAGGCUCAGCUUCUGGAGCGAGAAAUGAUGCGUAUAGAGUAUGAGCGACGCCGUGAACAGGAGAGGAUCCUCAGGGAGCGAGAAGAGCUACGGAGACAACAGGAGCUGCUGCGCUUUGAGCAGGACCGCAGGCCUCUGAAGAGACCUUAUGAUAUUGACCACAGGAAAGAUGACUGGGCAGAUAAGCGCAUGACCUUAGACGACCGUUACAGCCGCUCAGACUUAAGUCGUCAGGACCGCUUUCACGAUUUUGACCAAAGGGAUCGGAGCCGGUAUCAGGAUGACAUUGGUGACAGAAGGGAUCAUAGAGAUCGAGAUGGACCGCAUUUCUCUGACAGACAUGGACGAGACGGUAGAGACUCUUGGAGCGGACGCAUGAACUCAAGGGAUGGUGGAAGGGACUGGGACUCUAGGAAAAUGGAUGGUGACCGAUGGCAAGGUAGAGACAGUGCAGUUCCUGGCCAGAGUCACAUGGGACGAGGCGCAAGGGGCUACUCGGGAUCAUCUCAGUCUCUGUCUAACGCUCUAAACAGACAGAACCAGCUAAUGCAGGGAGGAGGAGGAGCCUUCGGCCGUCGCUACUGACCUCACACAUAAUAACAUUCAGAUUGUAGAGGUCUAGGUCCAGGUUUUGUACAGGUUUUUUUUUCCUUUUUUUUUUAAAUGAAAUGAAGAACACAGUUGAAUUGUUUUGUUUUUACUCUGUUGUUUUUACUGUAUUGCUGCUGUGUGUUCUACUUGAUGUACAUUCAUGCAGUGCACAUGUCCCUUCAUUUGGAGCAGACUAAUUAAAGUCGUUAUUUUUAUGUGGUUGUCUUUGUAGAUCUAACCCACACUAGACUGGGCCACACCUCCCGAAGCCGUAUUUAAUUGUGGUACAGCCUUUUGUCAUUGUUAAUAUGUUCAUAUUGCUAGUUAAGCAGACUUGUCUUUUGUUACUUCAUCUUAAAUGGAAUUUGCAAGGUUUUUAAAUUAGUCAGUCACAUUAUUGAACAUGGGAAAACUGAAUGAGUACAUGUUCCCUGCUUCACUUUACUCAAAUAAAGUAAAAAGUCAAAGGCUUGUCUGAUGCAUUUUAGUUGUGCUUGAUAG